AUGGGACCCCGCGGGCCCCCAGGACCCUCUGGAAAACCCGGCGAUGAUGGUGAAGCAGGGAAGCCUGGUAAACCCGGGGACCGAGGCCCCAGUGGACCUCAGGGAUCUCGAGGGUUCCCAGGGACCCCCGGUGUGCCCGGCAUCAAAGGACACAGAGUCUGGAGGGACCCAAAGGAGACGCUGGAGCUCUGGGAUCAAAGGGGGAGUCGGGGGCCCCCGGGGAGAGUGGUGCUCCAGGACCAAUGGGCCCUCGAGGACUGGCCGGAGAGAGAGGCCGCUCUGGACCCAGUGGUGCCGCUGGGGCUCGUGGGAACGACGGUCUGGCAGGUCCAUCUGGACCCCCGGGAGAGGCCGGUCCGACUGGAGCCCGUGGACCUGAAGGUGCUCAAGGACCUCGUGGAGAGUCUGGGAGCCCUGGAUCCUCAGGACCCUCUGGUGCUUCUGGAGCUCCAGGUAUCGCUGGUGCCCCUGGGUUCCCAGGACCUCGUGGACCUCCGGGGCCUCAGGGAGCCACUGGACCUCUGGGACCAAAGGGGACCUCAGGAGACGCAGGUAUCGCAGGGUUCAAAGGUGAAGCUGGACCAAAAGGAGAAAUCGGACCAGUGGGUCUACAGGGGGCACAUGGGCCUCAGGGAGAGGAGGGCAAACGAGGACCCAGAGGAGAACCAGGAUCAGCGGGACCUCUGGGACCUCCAGGAGAGAGAGGAACCCCCGGGAACCGAGGCUUCCCAGGUCAGGACGGUCUGCCCGGUCCCAAGGGGGCCCCUGGAGAGCGAGGUUCUGCUGGAGCCAGUGGACCCAAAGGAGCCGGAGGAGACCCGGGGCGUCCUGGAGAGUCUGGUCUACCUGGAGCCAGAGGAGCAGCAGGAGAAGAUGGCCGCCCAGGACCUCCAGGGCCUCAGGGAGGUCGCGGUCAGCCGGGGGUCAUGGGGUUCCCUGGACCCAAAGGAGCUUCUGUGA